AAUUUACGCUGGCCAUCGUGGUUGUGCAGCGGCUGGCUGGCCCUCAUGCGUCGGGCGACUUAUACAUGCCCCUUCGGCUGUAGCCCGUCCAUGAUUGCUUCGCUUUGCUUGAUCAAUUAGUACUGAGUUUGAAGAAAAACAUCACAUUCUUUUUAUUCACGUUCACUUCUCUUUUCUCUUCGCGCUGGGCCGGGUUUGCUUCUUUGGACCGUUUGCAGGUUUCUGAUGACGAUCUGAGAGGCAGAACUCUUUUGGAGCAAACCGUCCAAGGCCUUCUUCAGUUUUCGUUUGCUCACCGCUGGAGAUUCCUUCUUAGCCGCUCGUUCGUCACACUUGAGAGUCGACGCCGCAAAGAUCAGGAAGGAUUCUGCCGUGCUGGAACUCUGACUGCAGCCGAAGAAGGCAAUAUUAGAACCGACCGCUGGAAGGGACUUUUCAUUCGUUUUCAUCGCUUCUACCUUCGUUUCUACCUAACGGUCAUUCUGUCGUUCGAUUACGCGUAGCAAACUAUGGCAGCCUUCGUUCUUUCGCUACUACUCCUCCCGUUAGCCACCAAUGGCUUAAGGAUCCCUUGGGCGCAAAAGGGUGGCAAGAAGUAUGCUUUGGAAAAAGCGGAGUGUAAUGCUUUUCAAGGACCAUCACCCGACGUUGUUGUGGACAACUACCUGCCAAUCUCUAGGGCACCGAACAUGACGUCCCGGAGCUCGAUCUUCUUCGACAAUGUCCGAAGAGCAAACAAUCCCAGCUUGUAUGCUCGCGAUGGUAACCUUCUGCCUCGUCAGACUGGCGAGCUCAGUACUGCGCUCGGAGGCUCCGAGUACCUGGUUGGUAUCACGUUUGGUGGGCAGGCUGUCCAGGCUAUUCUCGACACCGGUUCAUCUGACACCUGGCUUGUUCAAUCGGGCUUCACUUGCAUUGACGCUUCAGGCAAUCAAGUCGCCCAGUCGACAUGCAACUUUGGCCCACUCUACAACGGAGGCUUCAGCCAGCAAAUUCAAAAUCAAAACUUUCAAAUCACCUACGGUGAUGGCGAAGUUGCCACUGGUAGUAUGGGCUAUCAGUCUGUGACCAUUGCGGGCAUCACAGUCCCAUCCCAAGAGGUUGCUCUUGUAAACCGAGCAUACUGGAACGGCGACGGUGUCUCCACUGGGCUCGUCGGUCUUGCCUUUGCUCAAAUUACUUCGGCUUACCAGGGAACGGAUCCAUCCAAAAACAGCCCAAGCACAAGAAUCACCUACGAUCCACUAUUCACCACCAUGUGGAAGCAGGGUCUGUCGGCUCCAACAUUCUCCCUCGCCUUGCAGCGCAACCAAGGUGGUUACAUUGCGUUCGGUGGUCUUCCGCCCGUAACCACUACUGGUAGCUACGCUACUACGCCGCUCCAGAACUUCAACGGAAAGGCAGGUUCUGCUUUCACAGGCCAAUCGUUUUACACGAUCACUCCCGAUGCUCUUGUCUUCUCGGGUGCCGCUUCGAAACAGUCAAACCAAUACAUCAUUGACUCUGGCACCACACUUAAUUAUCUGCCAUCCAGCACGGCCAUGGCAGUCAAUUCGCUGUUCUCUCCAAAGGCGACCUUGUCGAAUGGUAUUUACACCGUCUCCUGCAACGCGAAGCCGCCAGUGUUCGGUGUCAAAAUCGGCGGUCAAACUUUCGUCAUCAAUCCGGUGGAUAUGAUCUUGCAAGACCAAACCAGCGGGCAAUGUGUAAGCGCAAUUCAGGACGGCGGAGCAGCUCCUGGUCCCUUCAUUUUGGGCGACGCAUUUCUGAACAACGUCGUUGCUGUGUUUGAUGUUGGCGCAGCGCAGAUGAGAUUUGCAAAACAUAUCUAUUAAAUCGAGAUAAUGAUCCCGACGAGUUGGGACGAUUGAUAGGUUUGAGGAAGCUCCAGUCCUCGAAGUGACGAUGCGCAUGGUGAUAUAUUCGUAAACAGCAUGUGCAGUUAUGCUUUGCGUAUAAUGAGUAGAUUACGGUCCACCAGAAACCGAAGUCAUUAUACUACUUGUCUUGAUGGUAAAAAAACUUAUCAAAUGAGGACCAGAUCACUGCGAUUACUGGUAAUUGAACUAUAGAUCUCACGAAC